CCUUCCUCUUUCACUGACGAUCUCCACAAAGAUAGCUCUCUCUCUCUCUCUCUCUCUCUCUCUCUCUCUCAAUUCUUAUUAUUUCAUAAGAUUUCUCCCUUUCUUUCUAUCGCCGGCCAAUCUCCUAUCUAAUUGGAGAUCGCUUUCUUUCCCCUUCCUUUCCAGGGAUCUCCCACUUGGCUAUCUCGUUCCGUUUGCGAAGAAAUUGACUGAGUCGUAGCACGACGGGCUGCAGAGAAUGGCUUCUGCAUCUCAUGGGGCUGUUGCGUUUGCUGGGACUUCAGCUUCGGAUCUUCUCCGAAGCUCAACAAACGGUGUUUCUGGUGUCUCUUUAAAAACUUUAGGACGCCUGCCUCUUAAACUGAAGAGAAGGGAUUUUACAGUUUCUGCGAAGAUAAAGAAGGGGAAGAAGCACGAAUAUCCUUGGCCCGAUAACCCCGACCCUGAUGUGAAAGGGGGAGUGCUAACUCAUCUUUCUCAUUUCAAGCCACUCAAAGAGAAGCAAAAGCCAGUCACUCUGGAUUUUGAAAGACCACUUGUCGAACUGGAAAAGAAGAUCAACGAUGUGCGGAAGAUGGCAAAAGACACCGGCCUAGACUUCAGUGACCAGAUCAUCUUAUUAGAGACCAAGUACCAACAGGCUUUAAAAGAUUUAUAUGCACGUCUGACACCUAUUCAGCGGGUUGGCAUUGCUCGGCAUCCUAACAGACCUACUUUCCUUGAUCAUAUCUUUAACAUAACUGAUAAGUUUGUUGAACUCCACGGUGAUCGGGCAGGUUAUGAUGAUCCGGCUAUUGUUACUGGUAUAGGGACUAUAGAUGGUAGAAGAUACAUGUUCAUAGGCCAGCAAAAGGGUAGAAAUACUAAAGAAAAUAUUCAGCGUAAUUUUGGAAUGCCGACUCCCCAUGGUUACAGGAAGGCUCUUCGCAUGAUGUAUUAUGCAGAUCACCAUGGGUUUCCCAUAAUCACUUUCAUAGAUACACCUGGAGCAUAUGCUGACCUUAAAUCAGAGGAACUAGGCCAAGGUGAAGCCAUUGCUCACAAUUUGAGGACCAUGUUUGGACUGAAGGUGCCAAUUGUGUCUAUAGUUAUUGGGGAAGGCGGUUCUGGCGGUGCCCUUGCCAUUGGCUGUGCUAAUAAAUUGCUUAUGCUUGAAAAUGCAGUUUUUUACGUAGCCAGUCCAGAGGCGUGUGCAGCAAUCUUGUGGAAGACUUCUAAAGCUUCUCCUCAGGCUGCUGAGAAAUUGAGAAUAACAGCCAAAGAAUUGUGCAAAUUGCAAGUUGCAGAUGGUGUUAUUCCUGAGCCACUGGGUGGCGCACAUGCAGAUCCAUCUUGGACAUCUCAACAGAUAAAAUUUGCAAUCAACGAAACCAUGGAUGAGCUCACUAAGAUGGAAACCGAAGACCUACUAAAGCAUCGUAUGCUCAAGUACCGAAAAAUUGGUGGUGUCCAGGAAGGAGUUGCUAUUGAUCCUAAGUGGAAAGUCAACAUGAAGAAGAAGGAACAACCAGAUACUAAGAGAAUUCCUGAUGCUGAAUUAGAGGGUGAGGUUGAGAAACUGAAGGAGCAAAUUUUGAAAGCCAAAACAUCCACCACCAAGCCUCCAGAGUCAGAUGUGGAAGCGAUAAUACAGCAAGUAAAAGAUGAGGUUGAUCAAGAAUACUCAGAGGCAGUAAAAGCCAUGGGCUUGAUGGACAAGUUGGUGAAGCUACGGGAGGAAGUUUCAAAAGCAAAUGCAGAAGACCAACUUAUUCAUCCAGUUCUGAAGGAUAAGAUUGAAAAGCUAAAGGAGGAGUUCAAUCAGCGAUUAUCAGCAGCUCCCAAUUAUGAGAGACUUCAGAACAAGCUUGGCAUUUUGAAAAAAUUAUCUCAAGUAAAAUUUCUGGCGGAUCGAAAUAAGAAGGCUGUCACAUUGAAGCAAGAUUUCUCGGCUAAAUUAGAAGAUAUUAUAAACAGCCCCAGUAUAAAGGAAAAAUACGAGACGUUGAAGGCCGAAGUUGAAGGUUCUGGUGUAUCCUCACCAAGGGAUUUGGAUGAUAAGUUGAAAAAGAAAAUCAUUGAGUUUAAGAAAGAGGUUGAGUUGCAGCUUGUUGAUGCUUUGAAGUCAAAGGGCUUAGAGGUUGAGAUUGUUAAAGCAAAGGCACAGGACAAUAUUGGGGAGUCAUCGCUGUCAUUGAUAGAAGAACUAAACAAAGACGUCUACAAGGGAAUUGAAAAUGCCCUAAACUCACCAGGUCUUAAGAGCAAGAUAGAGCUACUGAAAAUGGAGGUUGCCAAGGCAGGAAACAAUCUUGAUUUGACCUUGAAAAAUAGAAUUGUUGCUUUGGAACAACAAAUAAAGCAAAGCCUUGCAGAGACCAUGUCUACUUCUAGCUUAAAAGAGAAGUUUGACAGUAUAACAUCUAAGACUUCCAGCAUGAAUGAAUUUUCUGGAGAAUCCGACGAAGAUCCAGCAGGAGACGGUCUUACCCAUGAUGAGUUGAGAGAGAAAGUUGGUGCAAACCGCACCUAUUCUUAAUUAUAUAUGAUGUAUCUCUCUGUCAGGCUCUGGUGAAUAUGUUGCAGUCUUGAGAUAAGUACAUGAAUGGAGCUGUGAUGGGCCUGUGCCUUCCUUAUGCAAAACUAGGUACCAUAAUUCAUAACCAUCUUUGUUGGAUGCGAGUUCUGGGAUUCAAGGGAACACCGUGGAGAUUCCAUGAGAAUGUGACUGAUAUGUUUCUGUCAUUUCUCAGAGGAAGACCAGUAGGAUGAGCAAAGCAAAAACCAUUUUGUUUGUACUUGGAUUUGAGUAAAGGAGGUUUCCGUUAUCUUUAGUGAUUAAUUUAUCAGCAUCUUGUUUACAUUUCUUUUUUUGUUUUCUUUCUAUUCAGAUUUUUUUAAUGGUCGAUUUUCUCCCUUAAUAGACUUGAAUGAACAGUGUAUAGAUUUCUCGAGUCUCAGGGCCCUAAUAAUAUGAAUAUGUGGUAUUUCAGACUGCUUAUUCGCUA